AUAUGUCAAUCAGUAUUAUGACUAAAUUCACUGUUGUCAAUAUGAAGCCUCCAUGUGAUCAUCUGACUGCGAGCAACACGCGGGAACAAGACCGAUUCAUUCAUCUGAGACCCAAAUAUCUGCAUAUUGACGCAUCUGAUUUUUAAACGGAAUAUGUGAUUACAUUUUUCGUCUCUACUUAUUACGUUGGACAAAGGAGAUGUUGACUAAUAAACUGCUGACCCUGGUGCUGGUGGUGCAGCCCGGCCGGGUGUUGUUGGGCAUGAAGAAAAGAGGCUUUGGAGCUGGCAAAUGGAAUGGGUUUGGAGGGAAAGUCCAGCCAGGAGAGACCAUAGAGCAGGCGGCCAGACGGGAGCUGCUAGAGGAAAGUGGCCUUACCGUUGACACCCUCCACAAGAUUGGAAAUAUCAAAUUUGAGUUUAUUGGGGAAACAGAACUGCUGGAUGUCCACAUUUUUAGAGCUGACACCUAUAAAGGAGAGCCAACCGAAUCAGACGAGAUGAGGCCACAGUGGUUUGACACAGAUAAAAUACCUUUCAGCCAGAUGUGGGCAGAUGACGUCAUGUGGUUCCCAUUGAUGCUUCAGAAAAAGAAGUUCUUGGGAUAUUUUAAAUUCCACGGUCACGAAGUGAUAGUGGAGCAUAAACUGGAGGAAGUGGAGGAUGUGUGAUUGGGGUUUGAAUACCACUGAUGAACAUUGCCACUGUAUCAGUGGAAAUUAUCCAACUGCGUGGUUUUGUGGAGAUGGCCAUACUAUGUGAAAUCAUGAGAUAUCAAAUGCUGUAUUUUAAUGUAAUAUACAGCAUUUUGUUUUGUUUUUUGCAUGAGAAAAUGGCAUUAUCUGUUUGAUGUUCCAUUUAUCUUUGGUUCAAUUCACACAUGUAUCUUCUGUAUGCUGAUGUUUUGUUUUUACCUGUUUCUUUGUUAAUCAUUCCUACAACAGUUCUUUUCUUUUUUUUUUACACCAAAAAUCAUACCUUUCCUA